AUGGUAGGGGACAUCAUUCUGGAGGACGUGGUGACCAAGGUUAUAAUAGUCGCUAGUCCGGCCGGGGUGGCGGGUAGUUUGGAACUACUGGAGUACAACCCGGCAAGGGAAAUAGUCAGACAGGCAAUAGAGCCCAUUAUUAUGCUUUCCCCGAGAGGUCGGAGGCAGAGGCAUCCAAUGGUAUUAUCACAGGAUGAUAGUUCUGAAGUCCCACCAAUUGAGCCUAUUUCGAUAGUGCAUGAGUAUAUGGGUAUUUUCCCUGCAGAGUUACCUGGUAUGCCACCUGAUAGGGAUAUUGAUUUUUGUAUCGAUCUGGAGCUGGGCACUCACCCCAGUUCCAUUCCACCUUAUAGAAUGACCCUAGCUGAGUUAAAGAGCCAAAUUCAAGAGUUGUUAGGUAAAGUUUUUAUUAGACUGAGUGCCUCUCCCUGGAGCCAAAAAGAACAAGAAGUGCAUCUGAGGAUUGUUCUGGGAUUGUUAAGGGAGAAAAGGCUAUAUGCCAAAUUACCCAAGUAUGAGUUCUGGCUUGAUUUAGUGUGCUUCUUGGAGCACCUGGUUUCUAAGGAUGGAGUGAUGGUGGAUCCUCAUAAGAUUAAAGUAGUGAAGAGUUGGGCAAAACCCACUAAUGUCUCGGAGGGGAGGUGGAUAGAAUUGCUAAAAGCAAUGGAAGAAAUCAAGGAGCAAAAAAUCAAGGAGGAUUCCAUGAGCCUAGAAAAAGCUCAUGUGGUGGUUGAUGCCUUGAGCAAAAAAUCAAGGAGCAUGGAAAGUUUAGCUCAUUUGCAGGGAGAGGAAAAUGAGGUUGUGAUCGAUGAGGAAAGCAUCUUGAGGAUUAAGGGGUGGGUAUGUGGGCUCCGUAUUGAUAAUUUGAUUCAGACUAUUAUUAUACAGGCUCAUAGUUCGAGGAGGAGAUGCAGGUCUCAUAUUAGUUGGUUUGAUGAGUUUGAAGUGAGACCUUGGGAAAUUGAUCUUUUAAGGGAAUCAUUAGAGAAGAUGAAAUUCAUUCAUGAGAAACUUCUAGCAGCUCAGAGCAGACAGAAAGAGUAUGCAGACCAAAACUUCAUGGAUAUGGAGUUUAUAGAGGAAGAGCAAGUGUUGUUGAGUGUUUCACCCAUGAAGGGUGUGAAAUAUCACGGUGAUAGAAACUAUAUUAUUCACUGGGAUUCGGUGUUACUUGAUGAGAAUUUGUCUUAUGAGGAGGAACCUGUAGCUAUUCUUUAUAGGGAGGUCCGUAAGUUGAGGUCAAGGGAGAUUGCGUCUAUGAAGGUCCAGUGGAGGAACUGUCCUGUUGUGGAGUCCACUUGGGAUAUUGAGGCUGAUAUAUGUGGAAGAUAUCCAUAUUUGUUCGUGUAA